AUGAGGAUGUGCAAUAUGUGGCAGCUCCUGUCACCGUUCCUCCUCAGCCUGGCAGCAGCUUUUUCCAAAGUGACCGAGAGUCGAGGCAUCCUGGAGAGUAUACAGAGAUUUUCUUUGCUGCCAACUUAUCUGCCUGUGAGCUAUCAUAUCCACAAUGCGGACGUUUCCUUCUUUCUUAAGGAAGCCAACCAGGAUAUCAUGAGGAACUCUAGUUUGCAAUCCCGGGUGGAGUCCUUCCUAAUCUAUAAAUCCAAGAGGCCACCUGUAUUAAAUGCCAGCUAUGGACCCUUUUCCGUUGAACAAAUAGUGCCGCAGGACCUAAUGUUGUCUUCAAAUCCAUUUGGAUCCACCAACAAGUUUUCCUUUAAUUGGAAACUCAAAGCCUAUAUCAUGAGCAACAAAAUUUACCUGAGCAAGCCCAAAGUCCAGAUCCUGUUCUACGUUGUGGGCAGGGACUGGGAUGACUACAGUACCACGGAGAGGCUGCCUUGUCUGCGGGUGUUUGCCUUCCGCGAGACGAGGGAAGUCCGAGGCAGCUGCCAGCUGAAGGGGGAUCUGGGAUUGUGCGUGGCCGAGCUGGAACUCCUGCCAAGCUGGUUUAACCCACCCACGGUGGUGGCCGGCCGCAAGAAAGCGACGGAUCAGUCUGAAGGGAGCCCUGUGGAACUUUACUACACCAUCCAGCCGGGGGACGAGACCGGGGAGUGCACUAAGGAGGACGUAAGGAAAAGUAAUGGGAUCAGACUGGGAGGCAACGAUAUUGAUGAAUCAGUACCUCCUUUGCAAAGAAUUGGAAGUGUUUUCCUUUACCAGACAUAUGGUGGCCCUUCCUUAAGUGAAAUGAGGUUGGAUAACAAUAUCGCAAUCCAAUAUAUACGAAAGACUGUCAAACAAGGUGAUAUUUUGACUUUCCUUGUGUCUAUUAAUAAAAAUUCAACGGAGGACCUGUUCACACUGAGGGCAAAGGUGAAGAAAGGUGUGAAUAUUUUCAGUGUAAGAGCCAGCAGCCCGUACUUAUGGGACAUUAGAGAGAGCGUGGAUUAUACUGGGAAAUAUGCACCAGCUGUCAUCGUUUGUCAGAGGAAAUCUGCUACCUCGGAAAACAGGGCCGGCAGUCCUUCCUCAGAGAUCAUGCAGAUUGAUUUUGAAAUUGAAGACCUAAGUGAUCUACCUGGGACCCAGCUUAUCACGUGGCAGGUUGAAUAUCCUGGGGAUACGACAUCUGAUCUAGGAGUCUCCAAGAUCUACGUAAGCCAGAAGGAUCUUGUAGGAGUCCUGCCUUUGGCCAUGGAAGCUGAGAUCCUGAACACAGCGAUUCUCACUGGGAAAACUGUGGCUGUCCCAGUCAAAGUGGUCUCAGUGGAGGAGGAUGGGACCGUGACUGAUCUUCUAGAAUCCGUGGAGUGCAGAUCGUCUGACGAAGACGUAAUUAAGGUUUCUGACAGAUGUGACUAUGUCUUUGUCAACGGGAAGGAAAUGAAAGGCAAAGUGAAUGUCAUCGUUAAUUUUACUUACCAGGAUCUGACUGCCCCACUGGAAAUGACAGUCUGGGUUCCUCGCCUCCCACUGCAGAUAGAGAUUUCUGACACAGAACUAAACCAGAUCAAGGGGUGGAGGGUCCCUAUCAUCUCUAAUAAGAGACCAGCCCGAGACAGUGACGACGAAGAAGAGGACGAGCGGAAGGGCAGAGGCUGCACCCUGCAGUACCAGCACGCCAUGGUGCGAGUCCUCACACAGUUUGUAGCCGAGCCCUCUGACCCAGGUGGCCAGCUGAGCUAUUUGCUAGGCUCUGACUGGCAGGUGGAUAUCACGGAGCUGGUGAGUGACUUCAUGCAGGUGGAGGAGCCCAGAAUCGCUAAGCUGCAAGGCGGACAGGUUUUGAUUGGACAAGAACUUGGAAUGACGACAAUUCAGAUCCUGUCCCCUCUUUCGGACGCCAUCUUGGCUGAGAAGACCGUGACAGUUCUGGAUGAGAAGGUGACCAUAACAGACCUCGGAGUCCAGCUGGUAACUGGAUUGUCGCUCUCCCUGCAGCUCAGCCCAGGGAGCAAUAAGGCCAUCUUUGCUACAGCAGUAGCACAGGAGCUUCUUCAAUCACCAAAGCAGGAAGCAGCCAUCAGCUGCUGGGUCCAGUUCAGCGAUGGAGCUGUCAUGCCUCUGGAUAUUUACGACGUCAAAGACUUCUCCUUGAUCGCUACCUCUCUAGAUGAAAAGGUGGUCUCCAUUCACCAUGACCCUAAAUUCAAGUGGCCCGUGAUCGCUGCUGAGACUGAAGGCCAGGGGACACUGGUGAAGGUGGAGAUGGUGAUCAGUGAACCAUGCCAGAAAUCCAAAAGGAAGAGCAUCCUGGCUGUUGGGAGUGGGAGCAUUAAAGUCAAGUUUGGACAGAGCGAUGCCAACCCUAAUAUCAGCGACAGCAAGCAAAGCGGGGCUGGUGUCCACCUGGAAAACCAUGCAAGCGACCGGCGUCAGAAAACCACCUUGCAGGACAGAGCUAGGCCAGAUGGGCAGUAUUACAGCAGCUCCUCAGUGGGCCAAAUGGAAGGUAAAGGAACUACCACGGACAGGUCUAUUUUAAGUAAAAAAGAGGACAGAGAAAGCCUUCUGGAUGACGACAGCCAUCUGCAGAACAUUCCAAUAGACUUCACCAGUUUCCCUGCACAGGUGGACUUGCCAAGAAGCAAUGGGGACUUGGAAGAGAAUGACCUUGUGCAGUCACCCAGAGGGCUCAGUGAUCUGGAGAUAGGAAUGUAUGCUUUGUUGGGAGUCUUCUGCCUGGCAAUCCUCGUCUUCCUUAUCAACUGUGUCACCUUUGCUUUGAAGUACAGGCACAAACAGGUCCCCUUUGAAGAGCAGGAAGGCAUGAGCCACUCUCAUGACUGGGUUGGGUUGAGCAACAGGACAGAGCUUCUGGAGAAUCACAUUAACUUCUCAUCCCAACAAGAUGAGUGCAUCACUGCCAUUGACAGAGGGGUGGACUUUGAGGAGAGCAAAUAUCUCCUCAACACAAAUGCCCAAAAGAACGUUAAUGGCCAAGUCUUCAGGUCAUCAGACUCCACAUUCAUUGAAGGGAAAGAACAGAAAAGUGAACCGACCGCCUCUCCUACCUCCAAGCGGAAACGAGUCAAAUUCACCACCUUUACCACCAUCUCCUCCGACGAUGGGUGCCCGACCGUCAAUUCCAUCCUGAUGAGUAGUGAGGACGAUAUUAAAUGGGUGUGCCAGGAUAUGGACCUUGGGGAGUGCAAAGAGCUAAGAAACUAUAUGGAGAGAUUACAUGAGAGUGUGUAA